AUGGUCACCAAAUCAAAAGCUUCCAAGAAGGCCCCUACCCCUGUCGACACCCCUUCUAGGGUAUCUUCGGCCGAUGUUGUUCCCAAGGCCGUCGUCGAGGUCGACACGCCCACCACCCCAGCCUCUCCCGUCCCCGUGGUGGCUGCUGCUACCUCAGCACCCGUGUCCAAUCGGAAGCUGGCAUACCCUCUUCCCAAUAGAAUCUCUCCCGAGACUAUCAACAACACUGAGAGUCUGCUCAGAUUCGUGAUUCUGGCGUUGAUAUGCGGUGCGGCUAUCGGGAGUCGACUGUUCGCUGUCAUCAGGUUUGAAAGUGUCAUCCACGAAUUUGACCCUUGGUUCAACUUCCGAGCUUCAAAGGUCCUCGUCAAUGAAGGCUUCUACGAAUUCUGGAACUGGUUCGACCCUUCUGCCUGGUAUCCCCUUGGUCGAACUGUCGGAACAACUCUCUACCCCGGUCUCAUGGUCACUUCCGGUCUGAUCUGGCACGCUCUGAGGGCCAUCAACAUGCCUGUGGACAUUCGUAAUGUCUGUGUGUUGCUGGCACCUGGAUUCGCCGGUUUGACUGCUUGGGCUACCUACUUGUUCACUGCCGAGAUGUCAACCCCCUCUGCCGGUCUUCUGGCUGCCGCCUUUAUCGGUAUCGUCCCCGGUUACAUCUCUCGUUCCGUCGCUGGAUCCUACGACAACGAAGCCAUCGCCAUCUUCCUUUUGAUGGGAUGCUUCUACUCCUGGAUCAAGGCUAUGAAGACUGGUAGCGCGUUCUACGGUAUGAUCACCGCCUUGUUCUACGGGUGGAUGGUGGCUGCUUGGGGUGGUUACGUGUUCAUCACCAACAUGAUCCCGUUGCAUGCCUUUGUCCUCAUUCUCAUGGGCCGCUUCAACAACCGCCUCUACAUCGCCUACUCCUCCUGGUACGCCAUCGGCACCAUCUCCUCCAUGCAGGUCCCCUUCGUCGAGUUCCUCCCCAUCCGAACCUCGGAGCACAUGGCCGCCCUCGGUGUCUUUGGGCUCUUGCAGCUCAUCGGCUUUGUUGAGAUUGUGAGGAGACUGGUACCUGGCAAGCAGUUCCAGAUGUUGUUGAAGGCCUUUGUGGUCGGCGUGUUCUGUAUCAGUUUCGCGGCGCUUGUCACGUUGACCUUUUCGGGAUGGAUUGCGCCUUUCGCCGGUCGAUUCUAUUCGCUCUGGGACACUGGCUAUGCCAAGGUUCACAUGCCCAUCAUUGCUUCCGUGUCCGAGCACCAGCCUACCGCCUGGCCCUCCUUCUACUUUGACCUCGAAAUGCUCAUCUUCUUCUUCCCCGCCGGUGUCUUUUGGUGCUUCCGCGAGCUCAAGGACGAGCAAAUCUUCCUCAUCGUCUACUCUGUCCUCUCGGCCUACUUUGCCGGUGUCAUGGUCCGAUUGAUGUUGGUCAUCACCCCCGUCGUCUGUGUUUGCGCCGCCAUCGCUUUCAGCAAGCUCCUGGAAGCUUAUAUCGACCCUGUCAUUCCCCCCGAGGACGACGAAGAGCCCGAGAAGCCUGCGAGCAUCAGCAAAGCCAAGGCCAAGAGGAUGGCAGCUGCUCAGGCCAACACCCAAAAGUCUGAAUUUGCCUUUACCGGCAUCCUUGGCGGCAAGUCCACCUCUGGUAUCUUUGGCCUCGACACCCGAUUCGCCGUCGUCUCCGUCUUGUCUCUCUUCCUCUUCAUCUUUGUUCUUCACUGCACCUACGUGACCUCUACCGCCUACUCGUCCCCCUCCGUUGUGCUCGCUUCGCGAAACCAGGACGGAAGCCAAAACAUUAUCGAUGAUUUCCGAGAGGCGUACUACUGGAUCCGCCAGAACACUGCCGAAGACAGCGUCAUCAUGUCCUGGUGGGAUUACGGAUACCAGAUCGCUGGUAUGGCCGACCGCCCUACCCUCGUUGACAACAACACCUGGAACAACACCCAUAUCGCCACCGUCGGCAAAGCCAUGUCUUCAUCCGAAGAGAUCGCCUACCCCAUCCUCCGCCAGCACGAUGUCGACUAUGUGCUCGUCAUCUUUGGCGGCCUGUUGGGCUACUCUGGUGAUGACAUUAACAAGUUUUUGUGGAUGGUCAGGAUUGCGCAGGGUGUCUGGCCUGAUGAGGUGCAGGAGGCCAACUACUUUACGCAGAGGGGCGAGUAUGCUCUCGAUGAGAGGGCCACUCCUACGAUGAAGAACUCGCUCAUGUACAAGAUGAGCUACUACCGUUUCCCCGAGCUCUUUGGCGGUCACCCCGCCCAGGACAGGGUGCGUGGGCAGCAGAUCCCCGCCAACAGCGUCCAGCUUGACACCCUCGACGAGGCGUUUACCUCUGAGAACUGGAUCGUCCGUAUCUACAAGGUCAAGUCGGAAGACGCGAUCGGCCGAGACCACAAGGCUGUCACGGCAUGGGAGGCUGGCAAGAAGCUGAGGAAGAGUGCGAGCUCGUUGGCUGGAGAUGGUGCAAAGAGGGGCAGUGGAAGGCCUACCAUGUGA